AUCAAGAAAUGGUCAAUUGUUCCACAGCGACUUGUCAAAGCAGAGCAUCCAGAACUCGAGGUCAAAGUCCUUGGGCAGAAGCUCAGCUACCCAGUAGCUGUUGCUCCCAUAGGUGCUCAGACUAUCUUCCACGCUGAUGGUGAGAUUGGGAGUGCGCUGGCUGCCAGGUCAGAGAAUGUUCCAUUCAUUAUGAGUACCGCGUCCUCGAUUUCCAUUGGAGCGGUCGCCGAAGCAAACGGCAAUGGAACACGCUGGUAUCAACUUUACUGGCCCAGCAACGAGAAUAAUGAGAUAAUCAAAUCCAUUCUCCAAAGAGCACAAAGGGCUGGGUUUUCGGCCCUGAUCGUGACUCUUGACACCUACUUGCCUGGAUGGCGAUCCCUCGAUAUGGACAAUGGUUACAACCCAUUUCUCCGUUCCGAUUCGAUCGGAGUGCAAAUUGGCUUAACCGAUGCAGCGGAUCGCAACAAGUUCAAGGAGAAACAUGGAUUAGAUGUCGAACAUGAUCCUGAUAGUCAAAUAAAUCUAUCUCUCGCACCAGACGCUUUCGGUUCAGGAUGCAUUGAUCAACGGAGGGAAUACCGCCUAGAUGCAUUGUGA